CACUCUUUUUUUUUGUUUUGUACUGAUCAUCAUUGUUCUUUUUUAUUUUCUAUAUGUUAUAAACUACCCCUGAAUACACUACAUACAUACAAUUUGCAUAAGAAAGUCAACUUCCCCCUCCUUUUUUUAAAUAUCAAUAUAUACCUAUUUUCUUUUCUAUCUGCUUCUUUUUUUCCCUUAUGUCUACUAAUACCUUGAUCGCUUUACCUGAAAUCAGCCCUUCUCAACAAGAUGAGUGGGACUUGCUAAAAGAACCACAAGAACUCAAACAAGAACACACACCACCUACACCCACCACAACAGAGACAGAACAUCAUACUGGACUCACUCGCGCACCUUCCUUGACUCGACAGCUCAGUCAUUCUGCAGAAAAAGAACAAGUACGAAAAGAAGUGAUCAAUAUACUUACUUCAAACCCUUCUCAUUUGUUUUGGGUGCCAGCAUCACAACAUCCAGAAAUUGCACCUACUGAAUUCGAGAAAUACGUAGAGGCACAUGGACUCAUGAUUCGAAGAAAGAGCACAAGACGAAGACAGUCUAUUUUAUCCGAGUAUUUUACAGCGAAUGACCAACAGAAACUCAUGGAAGAAGAAGCAAGGAAAAACAAGACGCUCAGAAGAAGUGUGAGUCUACAGUUUCCGCCUGCAGGAGAAUAUCGAAAUGUGCCUGAUUUCUUGAUAUUUGAUCGAAAUUCAUCCCCCUUGGAUCAAUCAAGAGCACUUGUUCCAAAAGGCGAUCGACCUUUAUUAAGAAGAGGUGCACGAACUAAUUUCAAAAGAAAUUCGUCUGUCACACCAGUCAAUCAACAACGACCUCCUUUAGUGAAACGAAAGAGUGAAUCAGACUAUCAUGUCACUGAGGGUGGCAUUACACUAUCUGAUAAUCUAGUUAUAGAAGAACCAGUUCAACAAGUGCGCGAUUUAAGCAUUGCGACAAGAGAACCUAUUCCAGAAGAAGAAGAUACUUCUCCUCCUACACCUUUUGUCAUCACACGGUCUGUAUCUACAUCUACACCACAUCGUAAAAGUGCUUGGUCUUGGGCAUUUUGGUCAGAUGAAAAAUCAAAAAAGAACAAGGUUGAUCCCGUUACUACACAUGAACAAGAAGAUACCAAAAUACCUGCAGAACCAUCCACUACAAACCGACGAUUCACACUUUCUUCUCUGUUUUCUCGAAAACCAAAGCACAACUAUACUCCUAACAUUGACCAAGCAACAGCCAAUCUUGCACAAAAAGACGAUAAACAAGAUCUUCAAUUGAAUCCAAUGUACAUGACACGAUUACCUUUACAUGUUGAACGAGCGAUUUAUAAACUAUCACAUAUCAAAUUAGCCAAUCCUCGUCGACCACUUCAUGAACAAGUCUUAAUUUCAAAUCAAAUGUUUUGGUAUCUAUCAGUCAUUGCCAACAACAACAACAACAACAACAACAACAACAAUACAAAUCCAUAUCCGAGUGAAGAGAGAAAGAGAAAGAAGCGACUGGUCAAGAGACCUCUUUCUGCCCCUCAACCUAAAAAAGGUGCUAAACAUACCACAUUCAUGUCACCUACAAAUGGUCUCAAGACAGAACCCACAGGGUUUGUUGUACCUGAUAAUUAUCUCAAUCCUCAAAAGAAUGCUCGACCUAUCAAAGCACCCACACAGGCUACAAAAAGUUUAUAUACAAAGCUUGAUCAACGUCCAAAUAGACAGCAAAUCAGUGAUAGUUCCUCUUCUGAAGACGAAGAGGAAGAGGAAGAUGAAAGUGAUGAAGAGAAUAGAAAAGACGAUGAUGUGCCUUUAGCCCUGUAUAAACAAAACAAAUAAAGAAUGUGUACAUUUCUCUAA